UGUAAGGAGCAAGGAAGAUGGCCGCGAGGUGCGAGAAAGAAAACAAUCUCGAAGAGCGUUAAAGGUGGUAGAAGAACACGGUGCCUCGACGGAGAACGAACCACGAAUCUUGAAUACUCUCCGGACAUCGGAUUAACUUUUAAUCAGCACCGGGCAACGGAACGGUCGAAAACGACGGGAAAUCGAGUGUUGAACAGUUACAUGUGUGCCCUUGUCACGAAAAACUCAGUCUCUCAAGGAUCGUCCUUGGAAUCGCUCGUCCCUGAAGCCGGCUCGAGGAGCUAGUGAUCUCGAAAACAAAAAUGGCGGACGUUGACUCGAGGGUGGAUCAUUCGGAUCCCGAAUUACGGUUCCUGUCCGUCGAUAGGAAUAAUUUCAAUGAUCCCGCGACUCAGGCGGAAUGGACGCAGAAAAAGUUGGUUUGGGUGCCGCACGAAACCCAGGGUUUCGUCGCGGCCGGGAUAAAGGGUGAACGGGGUGACGAGGUCGAGGUGGAAAUCGCUGAAACUGGAAAACGGGUACUUGUCGCUAAAGAUGAUAUUCAGAAGAUGAAUCCACCCAAAUUCGACAAAGUUGAAGAUAUGGCUGAGUUAACGUGCUUAAACGAAGCCUCCGUACUGCAUAACCUCAAAGACAGAUACUACUCCGGCCUCAUUUACACAUACUCGGGGUUGUUCUGCGUAGUGGUAAAUCCAUACAAGAGGCUGCCAAUUUACACGGAGAAGAUAAUGGAGAGAUAUAAGGGUAUUAAGAGACACGAGGUUCCACCCCAUGUUUUCGCCAUUACGGACACCGCAUAUCGUUCUAUGCUUCAAGAUCGUGAGGACCAGUCUAUUUUGUGCACUGGUGAAUCCGGCGCUGGUAAAACUGAAAACACGAAGAAAGUGAUACAGUACCUGGCGUAUGUCGCAGCCUCGAAGCCAAAGUCGAAUGCGACACCAAGUCCGGCGUUAAUCAUAGGUUCCGGAAAUGUUUCGGAUAAAUUUGCGGUAAUUAACGGUGAAUUGGAGCAACAGCUCUUACAGGCAAAUCCGAUACUGGAAGCUUUUGGGAAUGCCAAAACAGUGAAAAACGAUAAUUCUUCUAGAUUUGGUAAAUUCAUUCGAAUAAACUUCGAUGCAUCCGGUUACAUUGCUGGCGCAAAUAUAGAAACUUAUCUUUUGGAAAAGUCCAGAGCCAUUCGACAAGCAAAAGAUGAAAGAACGUUCCAUAUAUUUUACCAGCUUCUAGCCGGUGCCUCGCCUGAACAAAAGAAGGAAUUUAUCUUGGAGGAUCCGAAACACUAUCCAUUCCUGUCCAAUGGCGCAUUACCAGUUCCGGGAGUGGACGAUUCAGCCGAGUUCUUCUCGACCGUAAAGUCCAUGCAUAUCAUGGGCAUGACAAAUGAAGAUUUUUCAUCGAUCUUCCGCAUCGUGUCUGCGGUGAUGCUUUUCGGUUCUAUGCAGUUCCGUCAAGAAAGAAAUUCGGAUCAAGCCACGUUACCGGACAAUACCGUCGCCCAAAAAAUUUCUCAUUUACUGGGCCUGAGCGUGACGGAAAUGACGAAAGCGUUCUUGAAACCAAGGAUUAAAGUCGGUAGAGAUUUCGUGACGAAAGCACAAACGAAGGAGCAAGUUGAAUUCGCGGUGGAAGCGAUCUCGAAAGCUUGCUACGAGAGAAUGUUCAGAUGGCUCGUGAACAGAAUCAACAGAUCGCUGGAUCGAACGAAGAGACAAGGAGCGAGUUUUAUCGGUAUUUUGGAUAUGGCUGGUUUCGAGAUAUUUGAACUGAACAGCUUUGAGCAACUUUGUAUUAAUUACACGAACGAGAAGCUACAGCAAUUGUUCAAUCACACCAUGUUCAUUUUGGAGCAAGAGGAAUAUCAGAGGGAAGGGAUCGAGUGGAAAUUUAUCGAUUUUGGAUUAGAUUUACAACCGACUAUCGAUUUGAUUGACAAACCGAUGGGCAUCAUGGCGUUAUUGGACGAGGAGUGUUGGUUCCCUAAAGCGACGGACAAAACGUUCGUCGAAAAAUUAGUCGGUGCUCACAGCGUACAUCCGAAAUUCAUGAAGACGGACUUCAGAGGUGUCGCAGACUUUGCUAUAAUUCAUUACGCCGGAAAGGUUGAUUAUUCAGCUGCUAAAUGGUUGAUGAAGAACAUGGACCCGUUGAACGAAAACGUGGUCAGCCUUCUGCAAAAUUCGCAAGAUCCUUUCGUUUGUCACAUUUGGAAGGACGCGGAAAUUGUUGGAAUGGCUCAACAAGCGUUGACCGAUACACAGUUUGGUGCGAGAACCAGAAAAGGCAUGUUCAGAACGGUUUCUCAGCUGUACAAGGAACAGUUGGCAAAACUAAUGGUAACGCUGAGAAACACUAAUCCGAAUUUCGUAAGAUGUAUCAUACCGAACCAUGAGAAGAAAGCUGGAAAGAUCGAUGCACCGUUGGUGUUGGAUCAGCUGAGAUGCAACGGAGUGUUGGAAGGAAUUCGAAUUUGCAGACAAGGAUUCCCGAAUAGAAUACCAUUCCAAGAAUUCAGGCAGAGGUACGAACUUCUGACGCCAAAUGCUAUCCCCAAAGGGUUCAUGGAUGGAAAGAAAGCUUGCGAGAAAAUGAUUCAAGCUCUUGAACUUGACCCAAAUCUUUAUCGCGUCGGUCAAUCAAAAAUUUUCUUCCGUGCCGGAGUCUUGGCACAUCUCGAAGAGGAACGCGAUUACAAGAUUACGGAUAUAAUCGUCAAUUUCCAAGCAUUCUGUCGUGGUUUCCUCGCUCGUAAGAACUAUCAGAAACGGUUACAACAAUUGAAUGCCAUCAGAAUCAUUCAGCGAAAUUGUGCUGCUUAUUUGAAACUUCGCAAUUGGCAGUGGUGGCGUUUGUAUACCAAAGUGAAACCACUGCUAGAGGUAACAAAACAGGAGGAGAAAUUAACUCAAAAGGAAGAUGAAUUGAAACAAGUGCGAGACAAAUUAGAAAUGCAGUUGCAUUCCUCGCAAGAAUAUGAACGAAAAUAUCAACAAGCUAUGGAGGAGAAAACAAUGCUAGCGGAACAAUUGCAGGCCGAGGUAGAAUUGUGCGCGGAAGCGGAGGAAAUGCGAGCAAGAUUAGCUGCGAGAAAGCAAGAAUUGGAGGAAAUUCUUCACGAUUUGGAAGCAAGGAUCGAGGAAGAAGAAGAAAGGAGCGCUGCCCUGACUCAAGAGAAAAAGAAAUUACAAUUGAAUAUAAGCGAUCUUGAAGAACAAUUAGAAGAAGAGGAAGCUGCCAGACAGAAGUUGCAGUUGGAGAAAGUACAAUGCGAUGCGAAAAUCAAGAAGCUCGAAGAAGAUCUUGCACUUUCUGAUGACACGAAUCAAAAAUUGCUGAAGGAAAAGAAGAUACUUGAAGAAAGAGCGAACGAUCUGUCGCAGACACUUGCCGAGGAAGAAGAGAAAGCGAAGCAUUUGUCGAAGUUGAAGGCGAAACAUGAAGCCACGAUUGCAGAUCUUGAAGAGAGGCUGUUGAAGGAUCAUCAGCAGAGACAGGAGGUGGACAGGUCCAAGAGGAAAAUAGAAACUGAGGUGUCAGAUUUGAAAGAACAGCUUGCAGAGCGAAAAACACAGGUAGAAGAACUUCAACUGCAACUUGGUAAGCGGGAAGAAGAAUUGAAUCAAGUAAUGGCAAAGAUGGACGAGGAAGGAGCAGCGAAAGCCCAAGCGCAGAAGGCUCUUCGUGAAUUGGAGUCUCAGCUGGCUGAACUUCAAGAAGAUCUCGAAGCUGAAAAGGCUGCCAGAAGCAAAGCAGAGAAGUUAAAGCGCGAUCUGAACGAGGAAUUGGAAGCGCUGAAGAACGAAUUGUUGGAUUCUUUGGAUUCGACUGCCGCCCAACAGGAAUUGAGAAGCAAACGCGAACAGGAAUUGGCAACGUUGAAAAAGAAUUUGGAAGAAGAAACGUCGAUGCAUGAAGCGACGCUGGCUGAUAUGCGACACAAGCACACGCAGGAACUGACAGCUUUGAAUGAACAGAUGGAUGCAUUGAAAAAGACUAAAGCCGUUUUAGAGAAGGCAAAGGGAACUUUGGAGGCUGAGAAUGCCGACUUGGCUACGGAACUUAGGUCUGUCAGUGCCAGCAGACAAGAAUCAGACAGAAGAAGGAAACAAGCUGAACAACAGCUUGCAGAAGUAAACGGGAAACUUGCAGAAGUGGAAAGGUGUAGGCAGGAAUUGGCGGAACGUGUGACGAAAUUACAACAGGAGGCUGAAAGCGUCAUGCAACAAUUGGAAACUGCAGAAUUAAAAGCUUCUGCAGCCUUAAAAGCUUCAGCGACUUGUGAGUCGCAAUUCACCGAACUUCAGCAACAACUCGAAGAAGAAACUAGACAAAAGUUGGCCUUGAGUUCGAAAUUAAGAGCGUUGGAAAGUGAGAAAGAAAGUCUGCAUGAUCAGUUAGAAGAAGAAGAGGAAGCAAAGAGAGCCUUGGAUAAACAGGUCUUGGCCUUAAAUAUACAAUUGGCAGAAGCAAAGAAGAGGGCCGAGGAAGAAGCUGAAGCCGCUACUGCGUUAGAAGAAGCGAGGAAGAGGUGUAUGAAGGACAUUGAAGCACUUCAAAGACAAGUCGAAGAACUUCAAGCUGCUAAUGAUAAACUAGAUAAAUCAAAGAAGAAAGUGCAAGCAGAAUUAGAAGAUAGUACUAUUGAGCUCGAGGCGCAAAGAGCAAAGGUGCUGGAAUUGGAGAAGAAGCAGAAAAUUUUCGAUAAGGUGCUGGCUGAAGAAAAAGCAGUCUCUGAACAAUAUGCAGAGCAACGCGAUGCUGCAGAACGUGAGGCUCGCGAGAAGGAGACACGUGUCCUCUCUCUGACACGCGAGCUCGAUGAGAUGAACGAGAAAGUCGAGGAGCUCGAACGCGUUCGCCGAGGUCUCCAGUCAGAGCUCGACGAACUCGUCAACAAUCAAGGCACAGCAGACAAGAACGUACAUGAGCUUGAGAAAGCAAAACGUGCGCUCGAGUCCCAAUUGUCUGAGCAACGUUCUCAAGUAGAGGAGCUUGAGGACGAGUUGCAGUUCACAGAAGAUGCGAAAUUGCGUUUAGAAGUAAAUAUGCAAGCGUUGAGAGCUCAAUUCGAACGAGAUUUCCAAGCUAAGGAGGAGCAGGCCGAGGAGAAACGAAGGGCGUUAGUGAAGCAAUUACGCGACCUCGAAGCUGAGUUGGAAGACGAGAGGAAACAGAGAGCUGCGGCUAUCGCGCAGCGUAAGAAGAUGGAGGCAGAUUACAAGGAUAUCGAGCAGCAACUUGAAAUGCACAACAAAGUGAAGGAAGAUGCCCUGAAACAGCUGAAGAAACUUCAAGCCCAAAUAAAAGAUUGCACCAGGGAAACCGAGGAAGCCAGGGCUGCCAGAGACGAGCUUGCAGCGAGUGCUAAAGAGACUGAAAGAAAGGUGAAGAGUUUAGAAGCGGAUUUGAUGCAGUUAACAGAAGAUUAUGCCAGUAGCGAACGAGCUAGAAGAGCUGCGGAGAAUGAAAGAGACGAAUUACAAGAAGAACUCAAUAAUAAUGCCAAUAAGGGUACAUUAAUGUUGGAUGAGAAGCGUAGAUUGGAAGCUAGAAUAGCAACGUUAGAAGAAGAGUUGGAGGAAGAACAAUCGAAUGGUGAAUUAGUCAUGGAUAAGGCCAGAAAAGCUCAAAUAACCAUUGAGCAGUUGACGAACGACCUGACGACUGAAAGAUCGACCACACAGAAAUUGGAGUCGCACAAAUUGUUGUUAGAAAGACAAAACAAGGAAUUGAAAGCAAAACUCACGGAAUUGGAAACUGCUCAGAGAGCAAAGACCAAAGCCACCAUUCAACAACUGGAAUCGAAAAUUAACAAUCUUGAUGAGCAACUGGAAACUGAAGCGAAAGAACGAUUCGCACAGCAAAAGAUUAACAGGAAAUUGGAGAAGAAACUGAAGGAAUUAAGUCUACAGUUAGAAGACGAGAGGAGAAACUCGGACCAAUACAAGGAGCAAGCGGAGAAAGUAAACGCUAGAAUGAAAGCUUUGAAGAGGCAGCUCGAUGAAGCUGAGGAAGAAAUUAGCAGGCAUAAGGCAAUGAAGAGGAAAGCGCAAAGAGAAAUGGAUGAUAUGCUUGAAUCUCAGGAAGAAUUAACCAGGGAGGUUGCGAACCUUAAGAAUAAGUUAAGACGAGGUGGGCCUCCAAUAAGCCUCAGUUCCACGCGUCUGAAACGCGGUUCCGUUCAAACCGGUGGCUCCGGCGACGAUUCAACGACGCAGGACGAGAGCAUCGAUGGUGAGGAAACUGUCAACUGAGCGAGAAAAACACACACCACUUAUUGAACCCUCACAACGCAGGAAACCCAUAAAAAAAAAAGAAAAAUACCCAAGGUCCACGAGGCGUAUACGAGAGAUUCGCUUCGACGAAAAAUACGAAUUCGAAUCGGAUGAGCUCGUGUCUGCACGAGUCCGGGGAGUUGAUUCCUAUGCACCCAACCGAUGCCAUUAGAUGAGGGCGACGGCUUUCUUCUGUACAUAAGAAACCCGGCAGGGCCGUACCAAGUAGUAUUUUACCUCCGUCUUUCCGGAACUCCGUGGAAAAUGACGAAUUUUCAUCCGGAAAACUCGCAAUGUGAGCAGUGUUCUUUUCUGCCUAUUUAUGAUAUAAGCUAUUCGUAUAUUGUAUCUAUCAAUAAGCAUGAAAGAUUGUACGAUCAAAUUUUUAUUGGAUUUUUUCCAACAUGUUUCUUACAAAAUAAUGUGCGUUAAUGCCGACGAUGCAUUAGCAGUGCUUGAAUGCCAUAUUUUGUAUAAGCUUUACAGUAGACGUUCUUUCACUUACGCAUUAUUAUUAAUAAACUUUGAAAUUUCGUCAUUUUUUACGGAUAAUGCUACUACUUCGUCGGGUAAGAUUGAGACUAGAAAUAUAUUAUCGGGGCUGCAUAAUCGAUAACGAAUUAACACCGCAUUUAGGCAGC